UUCGCGGAAUUGCAGGCGGAAAAAUCACAAGCAUUUGACGAGGCAUUGGCCAAGCUCUCUUCACUUGGCUACCCAGUCCCUUUGGUCGCAUCCACCUUGAAGAUUUGUAAGGGAGAUUAUCAGGCUGCCCUGGAUCGCCUCCUGGCCACAUCUACUUCUGGGCUCACAAUAAAUGGUCCAGGGGCAGUUCCUAGCACUCCAGUGCGUGGUGUUUCGAGUGCGGGACCUCGUAGCAAUCGUGGUAGUCGAAGAGGUGGCGGCGGUGGACGACGCGGACGCGGUGGGUACGAUCCGAACGAGGAGGAUGAUCCGCGAUUUGAUCCAGCUGCUGCUGCUGCCGCAGCCGGACUUCCUUCUCGUCCAUCCACCGGUUUGACGGCAUUGGAAGAUUUAAUGCCGACUGUGAACAGAUCAUCUGCUGUCGGCGUCCCAAUGCAAUCCGGUCCAAGUGGAAGCACAGUGCAGAAACGGGUGCAACUCCCCGUCGGCUGUCCAAUUUUGGCACAGAAUAUGACCGGGGACUACGAGGAGGCAGUGAUGCUCGGUCAGUUGACAUUCCCGGGCACCGGUGCUGGAGGCGGGGAUAAAGUUGUUCUGGUUGUGUACACGCGGCAUCUUGACGAUGGACGUCGCGAAGAGGAGGAAGAGCUGGUCCCUCUGAGUCUGAUACGAACUUUGAAUAAAGAAAGGAUUACCCUUGAUAUGGUACCACAUGCUCCGGCUGAGCGCGCUCGUGUCUACAACAUCAAUUCGACCGGACCUAGCUCAGCGACCCAUACUCCGUUCGGGGAUGGUGAUGUUGAAUCGGCUCAUGGGUUUGGUGGUCAUCGGGGCUAUCGGGGUCGUGGGCGUUCCGGAUAUCGAGGAUCCCGGUCGCGAGGUGGCAGCUCUGGUUCUGGAGGCGGUCGAGGCCGGGGACCGGGUCCAAGACGCGGUUUUCGGGGUACUCCCCGGGGUUGA